GGGAGGAAGGGAGUGUAAGAGAGAGAGGAAGGGAGGGAGGGGACACUUGAGACAAGAGAUCAGAGAGUGAGACAGACUUUUCCUGGGAGUGCAGACUGUGGCAGUGGAAGGAUUACAAGGACAGUGCUGAUCAGUAUUGGACCUUGACUUGUUCAGUCGCCUGCAUGGGACACCGGAGUAACCAGAACAACAACACAACCCCCCUCUUCUAUGCUGAGUUCAUUUUGGUGGACAAGGCCCAAAAGUAACUGCACUGUGUUUGGACCAGAGCCGUGGAUGGAUUGUGGGGCAAGAUUCAUCCUUUUAUUCUGUGGAUCUGCAUUGGCAGUCAGGAACCUGUUAGACUUCCAUUACAUGAAGGAGUUGUGAAAUGCAAGACCUGUAGGAAUUAUUGAGUUGGACAUUUCAUUUAAAAGAUAAGGGUAAUGUUAUUUGGGCACUGUGUCAUUCAGCUAUCUGAUUGUUGGUACAAGCAAAAGUGUGUGAAACUAGACUGAUUGUUUGAGUCAAUUUACAGUUAUUACAGGUAGAGAAUGAAGGUCCUAGACUAAAUGUUAUCUGAGAUCUAAAAUGUUUUGAACAUUACAAGAAACAAGAACAUUUGAAAUAGCGCUGUUCAAUCCUUUUAGCAAGCAACUUCUUUUAGCUUGACUGUCCUGCUUAUUGAACACUGUUGUGAGAAACUGUAACCCGAGAUCCAACACAUUGCAGUAAUUACAAAGUGCACGAAGGAAAACACUGAGAGAGAUUUGUAAUUAGGCCUGUCUAUAAAAAGAGCCAGGCAAAGGGCGAGGUCCCCACAGAGAGACCCACACAGAGCGAGAGCGAGACAGCGAGAGAGAGAGAGAGAGAGAGAGAGAGAAGGAGAGAAGGGGGAAAAAGAGGGCAAGGACAACCAGUUUUAAAGGAGUGAAGCUGCCUGUAGACAUAGGUCAGAGGCUGCCAAUUGUGGACCCCAGGACGACUAACAACUCCAUUUGUAAUAGCUGAUGUGCAUCAUAAUAAUAAGCUAAACUAAGCCUGGAGGCAAAGAAAGGAGUCUUCCUGGACGAAAAUAGGCGAAACCCAGAUCAGACGGCAGAGACCCCAAACCUGAACAAAAAAACACACGUAAAAAACACCCAAUUGGAAAUCCAAUUGUAGGAAGACUGGCUGCCUGGAGGUCAGUUGGAAGAGACUCCUGGCGCCGGACAGCUAGAGGACCGUAGGCUUGAACAUGGACCCCCAUGGCGGACACUACCUGAACAAGGCCGCGGUGCUGUCUCCUCUGGGUGUGGCCCGUAUGACCCAGCUCCUCCUGGGCUGCACCAUCAUAGCCCUGGUGGCCCACAGCGCGGGAUACAACCACGCCUACGGCAUCUACUGCAUGUUCGUGUGGUGCUUCUGCUUCGCCAUGACCACCGUGGUGUUCACCAUGGACGUGACGCGCCUCCCCUGCUGCGUGCCCAUCUCCUGGGACAACCUCACCGUGGCAUUCUCCAUGCUCGCCACGCUCAUGUACGUCACGGCGUCCGUUGUCUACCCUGUCUACUUCCUGCGCUCGCAGUGUUCCAAGGAGAGCUGCGAGGUUCGCAACUACCGCAUCGCCGUCACUGUGUGUUCCAGUUUCUGCUGCUUCGCCUAUGCCGCCGAAGUGUUCCUGACCCGGGCCAAGCCGGGACACGUGGUGGGCUACAUGGCCACCAUGUCGGGCCUGCUCAAGGUGGUCCAGGCCUUCGUGGCAUGCAUCAUAUUCGGGGCCCUGGCCAAUGGCAGCGAGUACACCCGCCACAUCCCCACUCAGUACUGCGUGGCCGUCUACAGCCUGUGCUUCUCCAUCACCGUAGUCGUGGUCGCUGUGACCGUUUCGGGGAAGACCUCAGCCCUGCGUUUCCCCUUUGACCGCUUUGUGAUCAUCUACACGUUCCUGGCAACCUUGCUGUAUCUCAGCGCCGCCCUGGUGUGGCCAAUCUUCAGCUUCGACAAGAAGUAUGGGACGCCAGGUCGCCCCGACGACUGUCCCUGGGAGAACUGCCCCUGGGACAGCAAGUUGGUGGUGAGCGUGUUCACCCAUGUCAACCUGGUUCUGUACUUCAGCGACCUGAUCUACUCCCAGAGGAUCCGCUUUGUCACCAACUCCACUGCCUGAGGAUCCCAUUCAAACUGACUCCAGGGGUGAAUUUCAAAACUGUGUUCCUCUGUUCCUUGCGGUUGUGGCAUCCUAUCGCCUUUCCAUCGUAUUAAAAUGUAGGAAUACAAGGAGACAUGUGGGAGGGGAAAAUCUGAAGAGAUAUGUUAACAAAACAAACGGUUUUGUGAUCUCCUUGAUUUGUUUUGACUUGGUGAAAAGGAGGUAGAGAGAAGAGGGUCAAAGAGGGACAUGGUUUUGAGAUGCACCUCUGGCCCCCUCCAGGCCCCCUGCAGACCACCCUAACUAUUGCCUGUUCAGCAACAUCAUUGUAAUUGUGUCAGAUUGCCACUAUCAUCAGGGUUCAGAACUAACAAUAUUUAAUUUGUGUUCAUAUUAGCCAUUCAGAAUGGUAAGAAAAAAAAAGCGGUCCACCCUACAAAGUAUCACAGUAUAACAGUUGGGUGAGUUUGCUUCACAAUAGAUAGAUAUACACACACUUAUAUAAGUAUUGUAUUAUUUUGAUAGAUCAAAAAACUGCGCUUUUGCCUCAGUCACAACUACAGGCAAAUCUAGGACACAAAUUGGGGAUUUUCAAGUUCAGUAGGACAUUUUUUUUUUUACAUUGACCUUAAAGGACAGAAAUCGUAUGAAAGUUUGAGUAGAGAGGGUUAUGCAUCAUGAAAAAAGUGUAGAUUUGGGCUUCCAAAAAGUGUUGAGUGUUCACUGAACAGGUCGUCAGAAAGAAAUGACUGAACCAUUAAUCUGAGUCACGUAUAAGUGAAAAUGUAUCUGACACAACACUGACAAAUUCAUUAUGAUGUCUCCAGAAUGGACUCAAGGACUACCCCACUGCCAAGUCCUUGGAGACAGACAACCUUUAAAUGGUUAAUUGCUACUACAGGUUACAGACAGCCUUAAUUACUUUAUCAUCUGUGUGCCUUCAUUGUGCCUUUCUUUACAUCAGUGUUAGGAAUUUAUAUGGGAUAAUCAUUGUAAAUAAUUGAGAUGAACAGAAAUAUGCAAUGUUUUUACAGUUUUUAUGGCUCAUCCAUAAAUACACAACUGUUCAAAAGUUUGGGGUCACUUAGAAAUGUCCUUGUUUUUGAACAAAAAGAAAAAAAAAAGUCCAU